GCUCGGAUCCCCCGUUCGCUGAGCUGCGGUUCGUCCAGGAGCCCCAGGACUCGGUGACGGUGCGCAGUGGAGUCCUGCAGCUGGACUGCGAGGCGUUCUCGGACCGGGGCGUCCCGGCGCUGGCGUGGAGGAAGGACGGGGUGUUGCUGAGCGCUGUGGUGGACGAGCGGAGACUCCAGAUGCCCAACGGCUCGCUGAUCGUGCAGAACGUGCUUCACUCGCGGCACCACCGGCCCGAUGAGGGGUCGUACCAGUGCCUGGCCACGCUGGAGGGGGUCGGGGCCAUCGUCAGCCGCACCGCACGGGUCACCGUCUCCGGUCCUCUGCGAGUGGUCGUCCCCACGGAGUCGGUCUCCACACACCUGGGUGACACUGCUCUUCUGCGGUGUGAGGUCACCGGGGAGCCCAUGCCUGUGGUGCGCUGGCAGAAGAACCGGGAGGACCUGCCCUUGACCUUUGACCCCGAGAGCAGAGUGGUCAUCCUGCCCUCGGGGUCACUGCAGGUCAGCAGGGUUCAGCCGCCCGACUCGGCCACAUACCGAUGCCUGGCGGAGAAUCCGGGAAGCUCCCGCACCGGCACAGACGCCGACCUGAGAGUCCUACCGGAGCCUGGAGUGGCGAGAGGUCUGGUGUUCCUCCAGAGACCUCAGAAGGUUUCGGCUCUUCAGGGAACAGACGCGGUUCUGGAAUGUUCCGCCUCCGGGUUUCCAAACCCAUCCUUCCUCUGGAUGAGAGGAACUGAGCUCGUCCAGAGCAGAUCGAAGAAAUACUCUCUGUUGAGCGGCAGCAACCUCCUGAUCACCAGCGUGACGGACGACGAUUCGGGAGUUUACACCUGCGUCGCUCAGAACAAACAGCAGAACAUCUCUGCGUCCUGCGAGCUCGCGGUGCUCGUGCCGCCUCAGUUCCUCAACUACCCGUCGAACAUGUACGCGUACGAGAGCACGGAUGUGGAGAUGGAGUGCGGCGUGACGGGGAACCCUCAGCCCAGUGUGCGCUGGGUGAAGAACGGGGAGAUGGUGGUUCCCAGCGACUACUUCCAGAUCGUGGACGGGGGUCAUCUGCAGAUUCUGGGUCUGGUUCGAUCAGAUGAAGGAUUCUAUCAGUGUAUCGCUGAGAACGAGGCGGGAAACAGUCAAGCGAUGGCUCAACUGAUCCUGCUACAACCCGUUACCCCGAGCUCAGGCGUCCUCCCUUCUGCUCCCCGUGACGUGGCCCCCGUCCUCGUGUCCAGUCGAUUCGUGCGCCUCGGGUGGCGCCCCCCGGAGGACACGCGCGGGACCAUCCUGACGUACGGAGUCUUCUUCUCUGAGGAGGGAAUCAACAGGGAGCGAUCCAUUAACGUGACGGAGGCCGAGAGUCUGCAGCUGACGGUCAGCAAUCUCAGACCGGAGGCCACGUACUCCUUCAGAGUCGUCGCGUUCAACGAGCAGGGGCCCGGAGAGAGUUCAGGGGCCAUCCGACUGUCCACACAGCCCGAGCUUCUGGUUCCUGGUCCAGUGGAGAAUCUUCAGGCAGAAGCCGGGUCUCCGACGUCCAUCGAGGCGUCCUGGGACCCUCCCGCUCACGCCAACGGGCCCAUACAGAGCUACCGGCUGCUCUGGACCGAGACCUCCACCGGCAAAGAGCAGAAUGUGGAGGUUGUCGGUCAGAGCUACAGAAUGGAGGGACUGAAGAAGUUCACGGAGUAUUCUCUACGAGUGCUGGCGGUGAACCGACACGGCCCCGGCGUCUCCGACCAGGACACGCUCAUCACCACUCUCUCCGACGUGCCCAGCGCUCCGCCGCAGAACAUCUCACUGGAGGUCGUCUACUCACGGAGCAUCAAGGUGAGCUGGCAGCCGCCGAACGCUAACAUGCAGAACGGCUUCAUCACCGGAUACAAGAUCCGGCACCGGAAAACGGGCCGGCGUGGGGAACAGGAGGCCAUCGAACCCAACAACCUGUGGUUCCUCUUCACCGGCUUGGAGAAAGGCAGCCAGUACAGCUUCCAAGUGGCAGCGAUGACGGUGAAUGGCACGGGUCCCAGCAGCGAGUGGCACACAGCCGAGACCCCAGAGAACGACCUGGACGAGACGCAGGUCCCGAACCAGCCGAGCUCUCUGCACGUGCGUCCGCUGCCCAACAGCAUCAUCAUGAGCUGGACCCCCCCGCUGAACCCCAACAUCCUCGUGCGCGGCUACAUCAUCGGCUACGGCGUCGGCAGCCCGUACGCGGAGACCGUCAGAGUCGACAGCAAACAGCGCUACUACUCCAUCGAGAACCUCGAGCCCAGCUCUCAUUACGUGAUCUCUCUGAAGGCCUUCAAUAACGCGGGAGAAGGAGUUCCUCUCUACGAGAGCGCCGUCACCAGAUCCAUGUCCGACACCUCCACUCCCAUGAUUCCUCCUGUAGGUGUUCAGGCCGUGCCGCUCACGUCUGACUCGGUGCGGGUAAGUUGGGCCGACAACUCCAUCCCCAAAAACCAGAAGUCCCCGGAAGUGCGUUACUACUCCGUCAAGUGGAAGACCAGCCACUCCACCAGCGGGAAAUACAAGUCGGCAGAUACGACGGCUCUCAGUCACACUGUCACGGCUCUGAAGCCCAACACUAUGUACGAGUUUUCUGUAAUGGUGACCAAAGGCCGCAAGUCCAGCACAUGGAGCAUGACCGCACACGCCACCACCUAUGAAGCAGCGCCAAGCUCCGCCCCUAAGGACCUGACUGUGAUUGGCCGAGAGGGACGCCCGCGAGCCAUUCUGAUUAGCUGGCAGCCGCCGCUGGAGGCCAACGGGCGAAUCACAGGUUAUAUCCUCUACUACACGCUGGACAAGCACAUGCCGAUCGACGACUGGGUGAUGGAGUCCAUCGCUGGAGACCGGCUCACACACCAGGUGCUGGACCUCAACCUGGACACCGUGUACUUCUACCGCAUCCAGGCCAAGAACAGCAAAGGAGUCGGGCCGCUGUCAGAGCCCGUGCAGUACCGGACCGCCCGAGUUGAGCAUCCGGAUAAGAUGGCCAAUGAUCAAGGUCGUCACGGAGACAGCUCUUACUGGCCCUCGGACAAUAACCCGAUUGACAUGAGCAGUCUGAACGAGCCUCCCAUUGGCCAGAUGCGGCCGCCGCACGGCAGUGUGACACCACAGAAGAACAGCAACCUGCUCGUCAUCAUCGUGGUUUCCGUGGGAGCCAUCACUGCGGUCGUCGUGGUGAUCGUUGCCCUGAUCUGCACCCGCCGCUCGUCCGCUCAGCAGAGGAAGAAACGGGCGACACACAGCGCCGGGAAGCGUAAGGGCAGCCAGAAGGACCUGCGACCUCCUGACCUCUGGAUCCACCAUGAGGAGAUGGAGCUGAAGAACAUGGAGAAGCCCUCGAGCUCCGCCCCCUCGGGCCGAGACUCUCCAAUCCAGAGCCAGGAGAUGGCGCCGGUCAGCCACAGCCAAUCAGAGAGCCAGAUGGGCAGCAAGAGCAGCCACUCAGGUGCCGACGGUGAUGAAGCCUCCAGCAUCUCCACACUGGAGAGAUCGCUCGCCGCUCGCAGGCCCACGCGCACCAAGAUGAUGAUUCCCAUGGACUCGCAGCCCAGCAACACACGUGAGACACGCUGA